AGAGCAACUCUGUUUUCUUCAAUGGAUUCUUCUUCCAUUCUCUAUUCAUCAAACUCUUCAGAAUCCUCAAUGGGAUCCCCUCAUCACCAUCUCCCUUUCAAUGAAAACGAUCCCGAAGAGAUGCUUCUCUAUGGCAUGAUCACAUCAUAUCAAGAGCAAAACAACUCAUGCAAACUCAUCAUCAAAGAAGAAGAGGUGAAUUCAAAACAACACAAAAGUAGUAAUAGUAACAACAACAAUGGUAAGAGUUUUCGAGGUGUGCGGAGACGACCAUGGGGAAAGUUCGCGGCAGAGAUAAGAGAUUCUACUCGGCAUGGUAUAAGGGUAUGGCUUGGAACAUUCGACAACGCCGAGGCUGCGGCGUUGGCAUAUGAUCAAGCCGCCUUUGUCAUGCGAGGCUCUGCUGCGAUACUUAACUUUCCCGUAGAGAAAGUGAGAGAGUCAUUGAGAGAUAUAGAUUGCUCACCCUCUCAGCUUGAAGGUUGCUCUCCUGUCGUGGCCUUGAAGAGAAAACAUUCAUUGGGACGCAAAAUGACUGCAAAAAAGAAGAAGGAAGAGACACAAGAGAGUGAUAAUAUUAUGUUAGAGAACAUAGUUGUGUUGGAAGACUUGGGAGAAGAGUAUUUGGAACAAUUGUUAAUGAUGUCUUCUAGUGAUACUAGAUGUAUUUGGUGA